UGGUAGUCUUGUAAAAAACAGUGCUUAACUUAUUUUUAUGACAUAAUAAUAUUUUAGACAGAUCGUAUCGUACGUUCAUAUAAGAAAAAUUAACGAAAUGAUAGAACAUCGUGCUGUUACACCUAUAAUUGAAAAAUUACGCGGAUUUUUUCGAGGUAGAGCAAUUGUUACUCAAUUACGAUAUGCAGAUAAAAUCGCUUCACGCACACAACCUCCACCUGAAAUACCAGGUGGACCAUAUCAUAAAACUUCAAAAGUAUAUUACUAUAGUCGUGAUGCUAGACGGAUAGUUGAACCACCAAUUGAAAUUUUGAUGGAUAAACAAAUUACAGCAGGAACCGAACAAAAAGCUGUUGGACAAAAACAUGUUACCCCAGGAAAAAGAUUCUAUGGUGAAUAACAUAUUAAUUCAGAUGUAGAAAAAUAAUUACUUAUUUGGAUAUAAAUAAAUUAUACUGUAGUUAUAUGAGUAUCAUUGUAAAUAUUACAUAAAUGAAUUUGAUUAUUUGUA